CAAGAAAAUGCCAGACCACGUGACCCAAAGUAUGGCGACGGCAGUAAAAACGUCCUUGACUGUCACAGUCUAGCUCUCAAUACAUAGCUUUCGUGCUGAAUGUAGUGCAUCAGAUGACAGCGGCAGAUUCGCUAUAGAGUUGUUCACAUGUCUGCUGAUUACAGCGGAAGUUGUAUCUGGUAGAGUCAUGGAAUAUUGGGAAGUAUGUACAUGUAGUCGGCGGAGGUAGAGUUAGCUUCGGCUGCUACAUUCGUAGUUUGCAUCGACACGCGAAAAACACGCAAAAUCGCUUUUCGGAGGAACAGCAGCGACAGGGGUGAUUGACCGGGUCUUCGGUUGUCUGUACGCGGUAGCGAAAAAAGGAUGCACUGUUUGGUUUGUUUUUGCUGGAGACCUCAGAUACGAGAAGUAUUUAUAUACGUCAGCGGCUACUGUCAGCCGAGUUUGAAAAUUUGACACGAAGUUUAGUUUUACUUGGUUGUUGCACAUCAUGGAUUUCGAACGUGGUGGGGUGCAUCUGUUCGAGAGGCCAGGGUCCGAUAUUCGGAUGAAGGGCUACUUGAAGAAGCUCAAGACAAUGAAGAAAAAGUUUUUUGUUCUUCGGUCUACCAGUAGCAGUGGCCCAGCUCGACUUGAGUACUAUGAGUCUGAAAAGAAGUUUAAUGCUAACCACCGUCCAAAACGAUCCAUCCAUCUACACACUUGCUUCAACAUCAACCGAAAGUCAGACAGUCGGCACAAGUAUGCCAUAGCCCUUUACACAAAGGAAGACUGUUUUUCUGUGAUAUGUGAAGAUGAAAAAGAGCAGGAAACCUGGCUGUCAUUGAUGCUGGACUAUCAAAAUGAAUAUGUACGAGAUGGUGAUCGAGGCCGUGAGCACUAUGAGCAUGUAUGGCAGAUCACUGUCCAGCCCAAAGGCCUUGGACAGACUAAAGCCUUGCGUGGACCCUGUCGUUUGUGUCUCACAAGCCACAACAUCUGCUUCAUCAAGCUGAAUAGUGAACAACCUCAGUUUAUCUUCCAACUGGAAACUGUGCGGUCACUGGCCCAUAGUGACAACCUUUUCCGCAUGGAAGUGGGCAAAAUUGCUCCCACAGGAGAGGGAGAGUUGUGGAUGCAAGCAGACGAUAAUGUCAUUGCCCAGAAUCUACAUGAAACCAUCCUUAGUUACAUGAAGAACAUGGACAGCACACAUUUCUCCUCUUCCACUUUACCACGCUCAGAGUUUCGACAAAGAACUGCCAGCGAGAGUUUCACUAUUGGGUCAUGCCAAAAGAUAAAACCAAGGCCAAUGUCUGUAUGCCCUCGAAUCACUACAUCUCCUGGAACAAGCCCCAGUUUGGACUUUGGGAUCCCAGUCCCUCAUCGAACGCGGUCAGACAGUAAUGAGUCCAAAGCUUCACGACACAGCACAUCUGCCAUGGAUGGAAGCUUAGAUAUGCAUCAGAAUAUCACGCCCCUAGAAGAAGAAUCCGAUAGUGAUGGAUCAGUUUCUCGGGACUUGUCAAACCCAUCAUCGCCAGGUUCUUUCCUGAACAUGGAUGCAGAUGAAUACAGUGGUGGGCAGCCAAGCUCAUACAUGGUCAUGCGUCCUGGAAGUAACACUCCACCCACGCACAGUAUUUCAACCGGUGGCUACAUGGAUAUGGCUGCUGGUGCAUACAAAGAUAUGAGCCAUUCUAGUUACUCGGACUCCUCAUCUUACAUGCCUAUGAACCAUGUGAGGCCUUCUUCAUCUAUGCCUGUACCCAUCCAGCAGGGGCAUGAGUCACCAGCUGGGUACAUGGAAAUGUCGGGCCACAUGCAUCUGCCACCUGUCAAGGAAAGAGGCAGUAAUGAAGGAUAUCUUCCUAUGUCACCAUCCUUUGGAGUCAGUCCCAGCAGCAGCGCUGGCUAUCCCCAUCCAGAUCACAGUGUGUGCAUGCUGCUUUCAGAUGAUUUAGGAGAUUUUUCCCAUCCUCCAACGCGAACAUACUCCCUUGGAUCACGACCAGUAAAGACCGUCACAAAGUUUAGUGGUUACAUGGAUAUGUCUGGGCGGCAGGGUGUAUCGGAUAAUGGGCGCAGCUGUAGUGCUCCUCACCUCAUCACACAUCAUCCCCACCAGGGCAGGAGCACGGCCACCAGCAGCCGUACAAGCAAUAUGGACUCUCCUACUCCCAGUGCCAGUCCACUGAGCAUGUCUAUGAAGUCAGAUGAUUCUGAUUCUUUCAUGGAGCUCGACUUUUAUCGUCCACGAACUGCAAGCGACAGCUACAGCUAUCGGCCUCGUUCAUCUAGCUUCGGCUUGUCGCAGAGUUCCCAGGCUCAACCUCAUCGACCAAGGUCUUCAAGUCAUGGGCAGGGUACUCGCCCAGUCAGGCAGAAUAGACUGAUUAGUUCUGAUUCAAAUCGCUUGUCGCAUGAAAUGUUGCAGAGAGUGUCCCUCAAUUCCUCCGUGCGUGGAUCGUUUGAUUCCUUGAAAGUCUCUUCAAGUGAAUCUCUGAGAAAGCUCUCCUUGGAGGUGAGGGCAAAGACAUCCCAGCUCAGCAAUAAUGAGUAUAUUGACAUGAGUUUCGAAAAACGGCACACACCUUCGCCUCAGCCCAACAAGCAGGGUGGAAAUGGAUAUGUUGACAUGACCCUUGGAAGCCGCAAAUCAUCACCAAGCCGUGUCAAAUCAACAUCUCGCUCUAACAGCAAGAGCAGCAGUGCUGAGAAGCUUCCUGAGUCAGAGUAUACCCCCAUGUCCUGUAGUAGUGGGAAGGACCCUGUCCACCGUCUGCUGCAGGAUCCACAGCAGCAGUUGCAGGGUACCCAAGGAUCUACGUAUAUGAAUUUGGACAUACCUGAUCCAGGGCCUCGAAGACAGGAUCCAUCACCUCAGGACUUAGAAAAUGUGGAUUCUUAUAUAUUGUGUGAGCCAGCACCCAUGGUUGUUGGUGGUGGUGGUAGCAGUGUGGUGUGUGGCUCAGCCAAGAUGGAUUCAGGCUCCCAGGAUCCUAGGAAUCGAAGUGGCUCCGGAGGCAAGGAACAAAAAAAGAAAGGAUUCUUUCAUAGACAUAGUCAUAGAGAUGCUGCCAAGCACAGUUCUAAGAGAGCUGACCAAACACAGCAAAGUGGAACUUCUAGCUUUGAAUACACAGUCAGCCAAAGUGGAAUUGGAGCAGAGAAGGUAACCUUAGGAUAUGACAUUCGACAGAAAAAAAGUGGUUCAUCCAGAAACAGCAACCGUAAAUCAGUUCCUUUCUUAUCCAGGUCAUUGGAUGCAAGCAGCAGUAGUAGCAAGGGAGUCCAGCUGAAGAAAUCGGACACACCCCCAAGAGGUUCUCUUGACUCAAUGGAUGAGUACAUAGAAUUCUCCCCCAUGGCAGUCAAGUCAGACAGUGAUUCGUCUCAUUCCUCAGGCAGUGCUCAUACCCCUACUAUACCUAGCGAUAAUGUUGUGGCUGCCAAAGUGGAGCCUGACUACAUAGGCUUUGAGCCAGGAAGAAUUUUCUCUUCCAAGAGAUCCUCAGGUGGAAACUACAUGCAAAUGGGGGAGACAUCUAAUUUAGGGACUUCAGCAAGUUUCUUUAACACUAAAUCCAAGUUCAGUAACAAGCUGAAAAGAUCAAAAAGCAAAGAGGAGAAUGCUGCUGCCAGCACCUUGACUAACCCUGUUGUCGCUACACCUACAACCAAUGUCUCUGGCACUCAGGAUUUAGGAGUUGUGCCUCAGUACAUUCGUGCUUCUCAGAAGUUUAGUCAGCCUACUGUUGCCAGCUCUUUUCCACAGAGACCACACUCUGCAAAUAUUACGUAUCUCACAUCUCCCUCCACUGGUUUCAGUUUUAGCAGUGACAUGUCCUCACAUGGAGUUUGUCCUCCUUCAUCUAGCUCACACAUUUCUCAGUCAUCAGGCCCAGCGUCUUCCGUGACCAUGAAAUCUUCAUCACCUAGUUCUUCUUUAGAUGUGUUCACAAAAAAUUCACAGGCUAAAAAAAUGGACUUUCUUAACAUUGACCCCAAAAGGUUUUCAGAUGGAAAAAAUAAUAUUGCUGAUUCCAGAAAGGUUCUAGAGGAUGAGCCUAGUGCUGUUGCCAAGGCUGAAGGUGGUAGGUUUGGGGAAGAAAGCUCAUCUAAUGUAAAGCCUCAAGUAUGGGAUAGAACUGUGACUACCCAAGUAGAAUCUUCCACAACACCAGUGGAAAUGCUUGUCUCACCUGCAGGGCCAGCCUUAAUCUCAAAACCAGAAGCAGCCACAUCACAGACUCCUGCUGCUGAAGGAGUCCUUCCAAGUAGCACAAAGGUGGAGCAGGCUUCAGUCUCGAUUGCAGACUUGCCAUCAUCAUUUAUGUGUGAAGAAUCAGCUUCAACACAGGAACCACAUUUAAGAAAGAUGUGCAGCUCAGACAGAGGCUGCAGCUUGACAGAAAGUGCCUCUAGUGCCUGUGGACAGGUUGGGACGGGGGAGUUGUCAGACAAAGGCAGUGGUGCAAACACCAGCAGUGCUGAUUCAGGAAGUUCUGGUGCUUCAGACAAGCCGAGCCAAGGAGACUCAUGUAGUUCCUGCAGAGGUGGGAGCAGUGGUGCAGGGACAAAGCAUAAGGAGGUUAAAAGUCCAGGACUGCGACCUUCCAGAUCCUCAGCUCCUCAAUUGGAUGCAGUGUUCGGCUUGACGCGACCAGACAACACGUUGUCAAGCAAAACAGAUGCUGAAUCGUUCACACCUAGUUUGGGGAGAGGCCGGCAUAGCAGCAGCACCAGUCAGGCAGGUGGCGGAGGUAACAAUGGUGCCUUGCCAGUCAACCCUGGCACCUCUUCUCGUCACAGCUUGACAGAUCUCAGCGGCUAUGAGCAAAUGUCAUUCCCCAGUGAUGCCCUUUCACACCAACAGCCAGCACAUUAUCAGGUACAACAGCAGAUGUCACCAUCACAGCAACAAGCCCCAACACCUGGACCCAAUGGCCAAGGAAUUCUUAAUUAUGUUACACUGGAUUUAGGUUCUGCAGACAGUGUGGGUGAUGGGGGUGAUUCCAGUCGCUCGCCAAGAAAUAAGAGCAGGCAUCCCUCUUCAGCAGAUGAGAAAGGUGACAGUUCCUCGUAUGCUACCAUCGAUUUUGGAAAGUCAGAAAAUCUUCGAAAUUCUGGCAACAAAGAAGUAAAAUUUACCUUGUAGAAGUUGAGACGUAGGGGAUCAAUGAAUCAGUAUAAAAUUUACUUUAAUGGAAGGUGAUUGAGACUUUCCUAAUGUCUUUACAAGCCCAGUCCAACUGUUUCACGAUCAGGUGUUUUCCUCUUCUUAAUACAUUAAGUAAAUAGCUCCAUGACCUAUUGAAGAUAGUCUGUGAAAGAUUUUCUUUUUUUGUGACAGAAUGGAAAUGGGAAGUAUUUUUGUGCAGAAAAUACAAUGCAGUGCAAAACAUAAAGCAUCUUUAUUAGUCCUUUUCAGGAAAAUUUUGUGUCUGCUAAAGGUAACAUUAGAUUUAGAACAUUACAUAAAAUGUCAAUACAGGCUAAAAAGAAGAUUCGAUUCCUUUUUAAAAUGUGAAUGCUGGCAGUCAGCUCAGAAAGACAAAUGUGACAGUUUUUCAUUGUUAGGAUUGACCGUAAGACUGAAAACAAGGUAAUCUGGGGACUAAUUGAAAACUCAUUGUGAAAACACAUUUCUGAAAAAGGGAUUCGCUCUAUGAGACUGCAAUAUAUUUGAACAGAGUUUUGUUUGCAUGAUUAGUCAUCAGUAGACUGUACUGCAGGUUUGCCAUCAUGUUGCCUCCAUCUAGCCUCACUCUACUGCUCAUGAGAAAACCUCUCAGAACCUGAUACAUUGCGGGUGGUGCAUUAUAUCAAGAAAUUCAUACUAUUGUGACGAGAGCCAGUGCCCUGCCACAUGCUGGCAACGUCUUAAAUUGGUAGUAUUCUUCAAAUUCUCCUUUGUCCUUGCAAAGACAUGAUCUAAUAUUAGACGCGAUACAAUGAGAGGAAAUUUGGUAUUCUGUGAACAUGUCGAGCGAUGAAAAUGAGUAUUAUUUUGCACAUUCAGCUGAACAACUUGUAAAUGUAAUCCACCUUUAAAAUUGUUUCCAGGGCUUUUCUAUCACAAACUUUAAAAGCCUGACAUGCAUUUUACUGCUUAUUUACUUGUAUUCAUCUGCCUAAAUGUGAUGGUUUCAAGGCAAGAUUUGUAUAUGUGUGCAUGCAUACCUGUUUAUUUGUACGUGACUGUGUGUGCGCGUGUUCACACAUGUAUAUAUGGAUGAACAUUUGUGCACAGACUUGUCCAUACAUGCGCUCCCUUUUUGUCCCUGACAGUAUCUUUUGGGUGGCAAAUAAGCAUGCCUUCGUCAGUAUCUAGUCAGAGUAUCUUACCACCAGAAAACAAAUGGUGGCAACCUUAGUGUACCUCAUGUUUUAUGGAAAUGUUAGUAUGUGAGUAUAAAAAAGAAUAUAAAAUAUAGAUUAUGGCCUUCCAUUCAUUAUUAUCUGCUUUUAUUUCUGCUUUUGAGAAAUUAUUGAUCAGAUUCUUUCAGGGAAUAACAAGAGGGACAAUUUUUUGUUUCGAGCACAUCAUACAUAACAUGUUCCUGGCCUAUUCAAAAUUUUUUUGAAAACUGUAGCCAUCCCUCCCUACUGACAUAUAAGUAACCAUAGAUAUCUGUCAGACUUUGGCAUCAGUCAAAAAUAAUAAUCUUCAAGACCCUUGAAAAUCUUUUCAGAUCUUUUGAAUGCUUCAACCAGAAAAAUAUAUCAUGAUGCGAGCUCCCUUUUACUGUGCCUGUGUAAAUGUAAGAAUGCCAUUCACAAACCUCUUUUUCUUGGAAAGCAAGAUAAAAGUAUGUAUGUCAAGUGACCUGGCCAUGGUAAAAGGUGCAUUUUUAGCACCUUGCCAGACUGAGGCUUAGCCUUGUUGGAUGGUUGUAUGGUGUUGAAUGAUCAUAUCUUAACAUGAUCAUUUGUUGGUACAGUACUAGAAGGCCAGUAUGCAUUGCUGUCUCACUUGAAAAAGCCAUCAGUGAGGGCUAGAAUCAAAUUUUUGUCAACACUUCACUUUGUAUACUUCUUACAUGAUGGCAAGCUUUGUUUCUAGUAGAAUGAGCACGACACAGAUUUAAACACCGGUGUGUAGAGAUAAGAUGCUAAUAACGUGUUUUAGACCAGUCAUUUUUACAAGUUCAAUCAGUCUUUUUGGACAGUGCUGUUCAGAAACAAGAUUUCGUGUGUGUGUGUGUGUGUAAAAAAGCAAUAGAUUUGUUUGAUCUCCCCAGUCAAUCUUUCAAGCUUUUUUUGCAUUAUUAAAUGUCAGACACAUAAUGCUACUGUCCAGAUGACCAGAGAUAUGUUACAUAGUAACCUCUUUAACUCUAAACUCAGUUUCUUGCUCAUUCAUCAAUUUUGAAUGGAUUUUUUAAAAUACUAUAGAUGUUCAACUGAACAGUAAAGAGUUAAUGGAGCUGCAAAGAAUUAAUUGCAUAAUCCAGAAUAGUUUUCUUGAGCAACCAGUAGAGCAUGGAGCAGAUGUGGAAUACUGUCUUCAGGAAAUGAUUAUAAAAAGCUAUAAGGGGGAAAAAGUUCCUUGUGGAAAUGUGAAGACAUAAAUGUCCACAGUUGAACCUCGUGUCAGAAUUGUUUGCUUAUACAGCUUAGUUGUAAAUAGUUUUUCUUGCCUGCGUUGUGCUGUUUUCUAUUCUUAUUUGGUGAAGUCUGAAUUUGUGCUGCUGGCCUUUAAAAUGAAGAUAAACAUGUUAGUAGCAUUCUAUAUGUCCGUGUUCUUUGAUUUUAAUCAGAUCUUAUUUUGCUUCAUGUUAUUAUUUUUGUAAUAAUUUGGAUGCUCAGAUGGCUUUGUUUAGCUGUGCUUGUUAUUUCUUAAACUUCUUGCAUAUGUCUAUCUUGGCCAGUUGAGUUAUGACCAGAGCUACUGGUCAAACUAUUAUUAAACCUUGUGUAAGGAGGUCAAGGACAGGGCCACUGUGCCUCUAAUUGCAGGUUGUUGGCAUUUUCUAUUGAGCACUUAGUAGUAAGAUGGGGAGGAUUGAGUUUUUAUCCCCAUCUUUAAUUGUUGUGAAUGCAGUUUACAAAGACAUAAGCUUAUGGAAAGGAAAGAUUUAGGGGAUAUACAAGGGUCAUUCAAAAAUUUCUAAGCCUCACCCAGAAGGGGUUUGCAGAAAGAAGACAAUUUUACUAUAAAGUCCCCCUUGACAUCAAUGCACUUGGUUCAACAAUGUUCAAGCAUUGCAAUCCCAUCAUGGAAGAAGGUUGGCAGUUGGCUGCUUCAGAAGUGUCAUUGAAAUGUCAACCCUUUGCAGCUUCUGCUCAGUUCUCUGCAUUCUUGGGACCCAUCUUGCAGACAGCUUGCUCAUCCCCAAGAUCUCAGUUAAAACAGUGUGGAUUGAACCUCAGCUAAUGCCUAUGAACUUAGCUAUCUGUUGGACAGUAAGACAUCUUGUCACCCAAAACCAUACGCUGAUUGCCAUCAACUUGAUCAUCAGUGGUUGAGGUUUUUGAACAACCUUACCGAGGGUCAUCUGUGCUGACCCUGCCCCACUUGAAUUCAGCAGCCCACUUCUUCACAGUUGCAUAGGAAUGGGAGUCCUCAGCAAGUGUCUGUACCAUGUCCUCGUUAGAUUUGUCCACUACCCUUCACGUUUAUAUGGGCCUUACAUGCACACAAAUUAAAACGAAUCUGUAUUUUCUGGUUUUAUAAGAAGUGUUAGUGUGUUACCACAGCAAAAAAUAUUCAGCUGUGAUUCUUCUUUCUGGGUGAGGCUUAAAACCUUUUAAAUGAUCCUCGUAUUAUACUUUACCUUCAUCACUUUUGCUUUCCAUUUUCACCUCAAUUAUUUUUAUGGAGACGCAUUUUCAUCCCCAUCUCUUACCCUAAGUUUUCGAACAGUCCUGUUGGCGUACACUGCUAAUUUUUUUGGAGGUGGGUGGGUGGGUAAGCAAUAAGAGAAGAUGAAGACUUUGACACAAAUGUACCUGAAGUUUGCGAUCAGGUGUUGUGUGAAAAUCUCUUCAGUUAGGUUUUUUUUCCUUCAGCCACCAAAUAGACACCCAUUUGAGAAAAGUAUAAAGAGUUACAGUCAUGUUUGUAUUUGUUGUGAAGUGCAUGUUGGCUAGGGAUUGGCUGGUUGUAAAUGCAUGCAGACUUGUUUUCUUCAUUCUUAAAAACGGCUCUGUGCUGUGUAAGCCUGCACAACUGUAAGCCCCCGCCUAUCCUGUCUUUAAAUACUUUGUCUCCCAGUUACUUUCUUUCAGUCUUUCUCUAAACAGCUUUUUAAACAGCACCUCAUGGUAGCCAAACUAUUGUCAGCGGAAAAUUUGACAAAAUUAUAACUGUUUAGAAUGAGUAGUAUUUGUAAAGAGCAUGAUGAACAGAGCAUGGCCAGCUGAGAAGCUUGUCAGACCAAAUGAGUUGUGUGCAGUUGUAUCCUGUCCUGGUGCAGGUAGUCAGAAUUUCAGCAUCAGUAUUUGUGUAUUUCAUAUGGUCAUUCAAGAACCAGAUCUCUUUUCUUUUCCUUUUUUUUUUAAGUGCACAUAAUGAAUAUCAGCACAUGGCAUUGUUUUAUGAAAGCAGAACUAUGACAGCAGGCACCACACAUUUUUAAUAAAAAUAGCUUCACCUCAUAAAUUUUAUACAAUGGCAAUGGUUGUGGUGCGGCGGACUGACUGAACCUCGAGGUAAAACUAGACCUUCUUUAUGCUGGUCUUUGACAAUUUUAUGGACCUCUUCUUCUGUCCUCAGUUGUACUUCGUUUAGAAGUUGUAAUGGUGAAAGCAUUGAAAGGUUGUUAAAAACUCAGGGUUUUUAUUUGUCAAAGAUUGUCAAGUUUUUGGUUAACGUCCUUUAUUGUUUUUCUCAUGAGAACUCAAGAAUCUGUUUUGAUGAGGUCAAAUCGUACCAGAUGAAAGUCAGCUAUGUGCUUGUGAUCCAGUUAUUUAUCUGGAAGUCCUAUUUUAUUAACCCCACACAUAUGUGUAUAUACAUAUAUGCACAUAUUUGUAGAUUAUAUGUCUGCAUCAGCGGUCCGGUGGCGCAACGGUUAGCGCCUGUCACCAAUACAGUGAAGGUUGGCUGCCCAGAGUUCAUUUCUCGUCUCGGGCACGCUGUUCUUUCUCUGCACGUGGCAUCUGUUUACAGGGCUGGCUGCUUGCCGUAAUACAGCCUCAGUUGCUGGCACUGCGUAAAACACCAAUCCUCCCUCCCCCUAUAUGUCUGCAUCAUCGUCCCACCAAAGCCAUACCCUGCCCCAUGCACCACUCUCAUUUGCACACACUUGCUCACUCACAUGCAAGUGAUCACUGAAUUUUUUUUAGCAAUUUGCAGAUUAAUUGUUCACUGGAUUUUGCAAAUUUCAGACAAUGAGCAGUUUCCUAGCAAACGUGUUUUAGUCUCAAGUUCGUUAUCAAAAAUUGGUAUCUGAUUCCCUUUAAAAUUCUCUGAGUCACACACAUGGAUACAGACCUCUUCCAGGUGCAUAUACCUACACCAAUGAUAUAAUGAAAGUCUCUACAGUGUCAAAAACUAACAGAAAUUGUCAUUUUACUCUUAAAAUGUUAUUUGUAUGUUUAAUUAACGUAGGGCAUUUAAAAUACAGUUUGUUUCAAACGCCUGCAAUCCCAAUGAACAAUACCUGCAAUCCUAGUUGGAGUGCCAGUUUCUGUGCCUACUGAAUUUCUUUUUCUUUGUUGCUUUUUAGCAGUUACGCGCUAAGUCUUCCAUUCUUUGGUUUCUCACAGCGUAUUCACAGGGUUUUAGCUUCCCAGGUGAAGGCUGAAAGAGUUGAUUUAGAGUUAGAGGAUAAUAUCAUAUAUCAUCGGGACUUCUUUGAUAUGAGCACUAGUAGACUUAUUCUGCAUUAUCCUGAAAUCUCCAUUUGUUUAUGUACGUAGCUAGCUUUCGGUCUUUGACUAGUAGAGCUGAUGCAUUGUCUGCCCCAAAAAGGGAAAAGAGCAUCUCUCUUGAGCUUUUUAAUAUCUUGAUAGAAUGUCUUCCCACUCUAGUGAAUGCUGUCUUGUACUGGCUUUCUGUUAGGGACAACAUCUAAAUAAUGGAGGGGGUGGACUCGUUUGAUUAGUGUACCCGCGGCACUAAGUGGAGUCCGUCAAAAGAUAAAUAUGUCAAGUUUUUCUUUUUUUGUUGGUUGUGUGGAUGAGUGACUUGCGCUCACUCCGACAUAAAAAUGCUUGUAAACGGUUCAGUUCCUCUUUGUGUCACUUUACAUGGCGGACCUAUCCAGCUGCAACCCUGCCAUCAGAGACCUUGAUGGCACUCCGCAUCACACCCGGGAAGGACAACUACUUUUUGGGGGGAUGGGGAGGUGAGGGAGUAAAGGUGAAACUAUGAGUACCAGCAUGUACACCCUAUGUUUGCCUGCCACAGUGGCUUAAUUAUGACGGGUGUCUACUACCUACUGCCAUGAGAGGCUGGUUUCUAGAGUGACAUCACGUGACAUGCAGUGUCCACGUUUUCUGGUUGAUAUGAAUAUGAAUGAAAUGUACAGUUUGCAUGUUAUAAAAAUAUGAACAUGGCGCAUUUUUCUUUUUGUUUCUUUUGCUUGUUCUCAUGUUGUGAUCUUUACGUCCAUUUUUGCCGUAAUUAAUAACUGACGUGCGUGCGUGUGUUCGAGGUAUAUAUACUUCCACACAGUUGAUAAAAUGAAUCAAAUUCGAGUAGUAUCGACAAUGAUGUUACCAAACUAUUGUGCCAGUUGAUGCCACACUUUGUCCAGGAGCUGACUGUAUAUAGUCAUACCCAUUUGCUCUCGUGUUGUCGUUCUUUUUUAUGUCUGGUAUGCAUUAUUGUGGUGUUGAUGGUAAGAUGUGGUCAGGGCUUUGUUUUACCAGCUUGGUGUUGAAAUACAGAGUCAAAAUAAUGA